AUGAGAUUUUGCGGUUACGUUCUCGAAAUUUUGGUCAAUGAUGUACCUUUACCAGAAAGACCCAUCAAAGUCGAGUCUGACCACAUUAAUUUCGAACCAAGUUUCUACGUUGAUAACAUAACCAAACAAAAGGUCUUCUGCGAAAUGCAUUAUGUCGUAGAAGUAAAGGUUCCUGAAUCCGAAUUUAAAGUACGUUUUCGAUCGUUAAAGGUUACCAAAGAUCGUCAAAUACGCGGAGACGUAGUUAUGGACGGUAAAAUGGAUGAAACCUGCAUCGAAAUGUAUGAUAGGUCAUUUCAUGUCGUUAACGGAUGUUGGCGUAAAAAGAUUCAUGAACCGUUCAAAUUCCCGUCCAAUUUAUGGCCCUCCUCAACCUUGACAUAUAAUAUGGCCAAGUCGGCACAUCAAUUCGGUGGACUUGGUGCGAUUUCCGUUUAUUUUUAUGAAAUCGAAAGGGUAAAAUUUCCUACCGUUAGAAAUUUAAAUACUACAUCAAAAAAUUUUAAUUACCUAUUUUGGAAUGGAAGUUCGAAAUUGAAAUCAUAUGAACCUAUCGCCGUUUUACACAUUCAUUAUCGAUCAACUUCCUGGUUUGAUGAAAUAUUAAAUAAUCAUCAUCGUCAACAUCAAGAAACGUCUGCUGUUGAUAAUUACUCGAUGUCAAACGAAAAAAGGAACAUUUCGGUGGGAAAAAUUUCAUUAUCAGAAAACUUUAGUAAUGAUUUGCUAUAG